AUGACAAUGAAUAGGCAAGGUGUGGCAAAGCCGUCAUCCACUGUGACCAACAGUGAAAGUGGAUUUUUGGAUGCUAAUCUGCACUUGUAUAGAAAAAAAGAAAGCGAAAAGAUCCGUGGUGUGUUAGAACUCUCCACGUUCGAGCAGACAAAAGUUCCACGAAUCAAAGUGAGGCUCAUUUGCAUAGUCGAUGUCAGCGGGAGUAUGCUGGUCAAAGGUGACAGCCAGAGAAAGCGUUCUAAGAUCGCCAUCCUCAAGAACAUGAUCGCCGACGUCGUCGAUGCCUUGGACGAUGACGAGGAUUUCGUCAGUGUGAUAACGUUCGGCGAGGAGACCACAGUCGUCUGCCCUUUGACCAAAGUGUCUGCGUCAACGCGGUUUCAGUUCGAGAAAAAAAUUCGAGAACUUGACACAGUCACGCGCUUCUCCUCGAAGACUAACCUGUCAUCUGCUGUCCUUCAAGCUGUCGAUAUACUGCACGAAGCUCAGUCUGGGGAAAGCCUCCUCUAUCGAAACUGCAUCAUCAUAUUCUCCGAUGGAGAAUUAAACCAUGGGGUUACAGAUCCUAAAGACCGUCACGCCGUGCGCGAGAAAAUUCGGGAUUGUGCCAUGCCGGAAGAAUUCCUGGGGACCUGUGGGUCAACAUCUCUUGUGUCACCACCGAAGUAAUGUUUCCCAUAUGGCCUGUACCUCCUGUCCAAGAUGUGCGGAAGUGACGCGUACUUCUUCAUAGAUGGAGAUAAAAAAGCUCGCCCACAAACCGACAUGUUGAUUCCCCUGAUGCUGCGCAAGACGGCCUGUGCGCAGAUGGUUUCCGUCAGUCUGCGCGCGCAGAACGGGGCCAAACUGCGCAAGGAGAAAUGCUCUCAAGAAUACAGCGUCAGACGGAAGCGGGCGAAGAGCUCGGACGACAGUGCCAUGAAUUACUUUCUACACGACAUGCCAUCUGGAAGCCAGAAGACCUUCCAGCUGACAGCGGUGGCGCCAUCUACAGUGAAGGAGGAUUUCUUGGUAGUCGAAGUUCAGUAUGUCGAUCCCCUGGGUGUUCUUCACUAUGUCACUAAGAGCGUUCGGUUAACUGACCUGCCGUUCUUAUCUCCUGACGACCCCACCUCUGCGGCCGUCGUUGUCAAAGAAGGCAUCAGCACCCUCCGACAGCUUUUCAGACCAUCUGUCGAAAAGUGGCAACAUCUAGAAGAGGAGAAAAGAACGACCAGGACACUGUGUUCGAAGAAAUUGUCAGGAUAA